AUUUCUUCAAAUGCCUCACACCUCAUCUCCCUUCCUUUAAUUCGUCUCUCUCUCCUUUACUUCGAAUCAUUCUUAGCUUCUUCCCCAAAGUUUCAGGAACUUAUUUUGAUUAAUAAUAGAUGAGAUGGAUCAUCACGAAGAUGAAUCUCGGGCUGGAGUUGAACAGCAUGGAAAACAAGGUGAUGAGGAAGCCGUUGCUCGCCUUGAGGAAAUUAAGAAAUCUAUUGAGUGCAAAAUGGCUCUCCGUCAAACCAAUUUGAAUCUUGAAAGGCCUGACUCUGUAUUCCUCAGGACUUUGGAUUCUAGCAUUAAGCGCAAUACAGCUGUGAUUAAAAAAUUAAAGCAGAUAAAUGAAGAGCAGAAGGAAGGAUUGAUGGAGGAGCUACGAAGUGUCAAUUUAAGUAAAUUUGUUAGUGAAGCUGUCUCUGCUAUUUGUGAUGCCAAGCUUAAGAGUUCGGAUAUACAAGCCGCAGUUCAGAUCUGCUCUCUGCUUCAUCAAAGGUACAAAGAUUUCUCACCAAGUCUGAUACAAGGGCUCCUGAAAGUCUUCUUUCCUGGAAAAUCUGGGGAUGAUUUGGAUGCAGACAGGAACUUGAAAGCAAUGAAGAAGCGUAGCACUUUGAAACUUCUUCUGGAACUGUACUUUGUUGGAGUUAUAGAGGAAAAUGGUAUUUUUAUCAGUAUCAUUAAGGAUCUUACUAGCACAGAGCACUUGAAGGACCGUGAUGCUACGCAGACAAAUUUAAUUCUUCUUGCUAGUUUUGCUCGACAAGGGCGAGUGUUUCUAGGACUUCCUAUUUCUGGUCAAGGAAUUCAAGAUGAGUUCUUUAAGGGCCUCGGUAUCACAGCAGAUCAAAAGAAAACUUUUAGGAAGGCAUUCAAUGUAUAUUAUGAUGCUGUCACUGAACUUCUUCAGUCUGAGCAUACAUCUCUUCGCCAAAUGGAGCAUGAGAAUAAUAAGAUUUUAAAUGCUAAAGGAGAGCUCAGUGAAGAAAAUGCAACUUCAUAUGAAAAGCUACGAAAAUCUUAUGAUCAUUUGUACCGCAAUGUCUCAUCUUUAGCAGAAGCACUUGAUAUGCAGCCUCCGGUAAUGCCGGAGGACAGUCACACAACUAGGGUUACCACUGGAGAUGAUGCUUCAUCUCCAGCAUCUGGAAAAGAGUCUUCGAACCUUGAAGCUAUAUGGGAUGAUGACGACACUAGAGCUUUCUAUGAAUGCUUACCUGAUCUUAGAGCAUUUGUCCCAGCAGUAUUAUUGGGAGAAUCUGAGUCCAAGGAAAGUGAGCAAACAUCAAAGGCACAAGAGCAACCAACUGAAUCCUCUUCUGAAGCAGAUCAAAGUACUCCAGUCACACAAGAUGCUGCGGAGGCUUCUGCAGACUCUGGUACUCUGCAAGAAGGUAAAAGUAUAGAGAAAGGGAAGGAUAAAGAUGAAAAAGAUAAGGAAAAGACCAAAGAUCCAGACAAGGAGAAAGGGAAAGAGAGAGAAAAAGACACUGAUAAAAAAGGUGAAAAUGAAAAGGAAAAGGUCAAAGGUAGCGAAGGGACAAAUUUGGAUGCUCUACUGCAAAGACUCCCAGGUUGUGUGAGUCGUGACCUUAUUGAUCAAUUGACGGUGGAAUUCUGUUAUUUGAAUUCAAAAUCAAAUCGGAAAAGACUUGUGAGAGCAUUGUUUAAUGUUCCACGGACUUCUUUGGAGUUGCUUCCAUACUACUCACGCAUGGUUGCAACAUUGUCAACUUGUAUGAAGGAUGUUCCUGCUAUGCUCUUGCAGAUGUUGGAGGAAGAGUUCAACUUCUUAAUUAAUAAAAAGGAUCAAAUGAACAUUGAAACAAAAAUCAGGAACAUUAGGUUUAUUGCAGAACUCUGUAAGUUCAAAAUUUCACCGCCUGGUCUUGUCUUCAGUUGUCUGAAGACAUGUUUAGAUGAUUUCACUCAUCAUAACAUUGAUGUCGCUUGCAAUCUUCUUGAGACUUGUGGUCGUUUUCUGUAUCGUUCUCCUGACACUACCAUCAGAAUGGCUAACAUGUUGGAGAUAUUGAUGCGCUUGAAAAAUGUAAAGAAUUUGGAUCCUCGACACCGCACACUUGUAGAAAAUGCUUACUAUCUAUGCAAACCGCCUGAAAGAUCUGCACGGGUCUCUAAAGUUCGUCCUCCAUUGCACCAGUAUAUUAGGAAGUUAUUAUUUACAGAUCUUGACAAGUCUUCCAUUGAGCAUGUUCUGAGGCAACUUCGUAAAUUACCGUGGAGUGAAUGCGAAUCAUACCUCUUAAAGUGCUUCAUGAAGGUUCACAAGGGGAAAUAUAGUCAGAUUCACUUGAUUGCUUCUCUCACUGCUGGUUUGAGUCGCUAUCAUGAUGAAUUUUCUGUUGCUGUUGUCGAUGAGGUUCUGGAGGAGAUUAGAAUUGGCCUGGAGUUAAAUGAUUAUGGGAUGCAGCAGAGGCGCAUUGCUCAUAUGCGUUUUCUUGGGGAGCUAUACAACUAUGAGCAUGUUGAUUCUUCUGUCAUCUUUGAAACACUCUAUUUGAUUCUUGUUUUUGGCCAUGAUACAGCUGAGCAAGAUAUCCUCGAUCCACCUGAGGAUUGUUUUCGGAUCAGGAUGGUUAUUACUCUUCUUCAGACAUGUGGGCACUACUUUGACCGAGGUUCUUCCAAGAGAAAACUUGAUCGGUUCUUGGUACACUUCCAGAGGUAUAUUCUUAGCAAGGGUGCGUUACCACUGGAUAUUGAAUUCGAUUUGCAGGACUUAUUUGCCGAAUUACAUCCCAACAUGAACCGGUAUUCAUCUAUGGAAGAAGUUAAUGCAGCUUUAGUAGAACUUGAGGAACGUGAACAUAGUGCUUCAACUGACAAGACAAGUAACGAGAAGCACUCCGAUACUGAAAAGCCUUCUAGCAGGACUACUUCCCAUUCCAUCUCAGCUGAUCAACCAAGCAUUUUGAAUGGUUCUGAAGAAAAUGGUGGAAUGCAUGAGGAAAUCGGUGACGGUGACAGUAUCAGUGAAUCAGGGAGUGAAACCAUUGAACCAGAGGGACAUAAUGAAGAUGAUUUGGAUGAAGAGAAUCAUGAUGGUGGGUGUGAUUCUGAUGAGGAGGAUGAGGAGGAUGGUGGACCUGCUUCUGAUGAGGACGAUGAAGUUCAUUUCAGGCAGAAGGUAGCCGAGCUCAAUCCUCUAGAAGUUGCCAAUUUUGAUCAGGAGCUCCGGGCUGUAGUGCAGGAGAGCAUGGAGCAACGCAAGUUGGAGUUGAGGGGCCGACCUACAUUAAACAUGAUGAUUCCGAUGAACGUAUUCGAGGGUUCUAGCAAAGAUCAUCACGGAAGGCUUGUUGGAGGGGAAAGCGGUGAUGAAGCAUUGGAUGAAGAGUCUGGAGGGAGCCGGGAGGUUCAGGUGAAAGUUCUCGUGAAGCGAGGGAACAAACAACAAACAAAGCAAAUGUAUAUUCCUCGAGACUGUACGCUUGUCCAAAGCACGAAACAGAAAGAAGCAGCCGAGUUUGAAGAGAAACAAGACAUUAAGAGGCUGGUCUUGGAGUACAAUGACAGGGUUGAGGAAGAGAAUAACGGACUCGGAACACAGACAUUGAAUUGGCCAAGUGGAAAUACUCGAGCUUAUGGCCGUGGGAACUCAUGGGAAGGAUCCAGCAGCAGGAUCGGAGGAUCCCGUCAUCGCCACCAUAGCCAUUCUGGAAGUGGAUCUUAUUAUGGAAGAAAAAAGUGAGAUUCAUGGUAAAAUGUUAAAAAUUCGGAUGUCUGGGUAUCAGAUUUGCACCUCUAUUUGCCUAAACAUUAGACAAAGGAUUGAGAACAACAGUGGCUUGAGCUCUCAGAAACAGCCAUAUGAUUGAAUGAUCCUCUUUCGAGUCCGAUUUGAAACGGAAUUUUGAUGAUACAUUGCCGGUUAGCCGGAAAUCGGCCUUCCUGCAAAAACUGUUGUUUCAUGGGUUUUCUCAUAUAGGCAAGGUACGCGAUACGUCUAACAUGCUAUUUUACUAGAUAUUAUCCGUCUUAGUUCGGAGUACGUAGAAUGGAUCCCGAUGUGUGGUUUCCAGGACGAUGAACUGAAAAUAAGCUUUUUCGGAGUGCGGAAAUUGUUCGUGUUUCCGGUCUUUACUGUUUAUCUGUUAAAGAGGGAAGGAAUGGAUUUGAUUUAUUAUGGUUUAUGUUACCCUAAGUGGUGAAGGUCACUAUGACUUGUGUUUGAUAUAUAAAAUAUGAAUGGCACUCAUUUGGUGUG